UCGUAACACCCAAACCACCUCCCACUCCUCUCUCCCCUACCCCUCGCCCCAUCGCCCCGCCGCCGCCGCCGCCGCCGCCGGCGACGGCGACCCCGAUGGGCGCCUCCGCCUCCGUCCUAUCUCUUCCCGUGGCCGCCUCCUUCCCUGGCGCGGCCACCGCUAUCGCGGGCGCCGCCGGCUGCUUCGCGCUCGGCUACUUCCUCGCCCUCGCCCGCCUCCCCAUCCACGCCGCCGCCGCCCCCGACUCCGGCGACGACGAUUCCGAGGACGACUCGGACGAAGAUGAUGACGAAAAUUCCGGCCGCGCCCGGCCGGCGAAGCGAGCCGCCGGGCGGAAGCGGACCGGGCUCAGGCUGCUGUUCUGGUCCCGGAACGUGGUGACCAAGUCCGACUCCGCCAGGGAAGCCGAGAGGGCGCAGGUCCAGACCGCCGCCGCCCCCCUGGAGAUCGAGAACCUCGCCAAGAUAAUAGAGGAUUUCAAGAUGGUGCAGGUGCAGGUGAGAAACGACCUGAAGAUGGGAAAGGGGAAAAUCGCUGCGCAAUGCAGGGACCAGGGCAGGAAUUAAAAAGCAAACAAAAGCAGGGGCCAUGAGUACAUCUCAACUUUUACUGUAUUUCUUGUUGACAACUAGUGCAGAGCAAGCAAGCAAGCAAUGUACACAGAUCAGUUAUGUUUUAAAUUACAGAGCAAGCAAGCAAGGCACUGGAGAUGAACAAAUUACAGAACCCUGUACUUGUUCUCACCAGCAGCAGCACGAGUAGGGGACCUCAAGCGGCAGCACACGAGAAGGGGAUCUCCGGGCGGCAGCACGAGCAGGGGAGGAGCAGCAAGUUGCGGAGAAGCAGCAGAAGGGGCUCCAGCUUGAGGUCCAGGAUCGCAAAAGAGCUUGAGGAUGAGCUUGAGGGAGCUCGUGGUCCAGGCGCGGCGGGAGCUCGUGGUCCAGGCGCUCGAGACCUAGGCGUGCGCGGGUCCUGGCCGGCGGCGGCGCAGGCCCUGCGAGGAAGGAGGGGAUAUCGUCGACGCAGGUCCUGGGCGGCGGAGGAGCACGUCUUGUGCGGUGACGGAGCAAGCAGGGCGGCGCAGGUCCUUGGCGGCGGAGGAGCAAGCAGGGCGGCGUGGGUCCUGGGCCACGGAGGAGCACGUCGUGUGCGGCAACGGAGCAAGCAGGGCGGCGCGGGUCCUGGGUCGCGGAGGAGCACGUCCAGUGCGGCGGCGGAGCAAGCAAUUGGGCGGCGCAGGUCUUGGGCUGACGACUGGCCCUGGCGACGCGCGCCGGCGACGGGCGGAGGAAGAAGGAAGAAGACGCGACCUAUAUGGUGACCUGUUUGUAACAAAUUUGAAGUUAUAAGGGUGUUUUUGAAAAAUUGACAUUA